AACAUUUUGUAUUCAACCUUAUAGCGAGCAGUCGCGCUUACAAAAUGUUUCGUCUUUUUCUUUAUUUAAAUAUUUUAGGCGCUUUUUUAGUGACCGGUUUGCAUAUCGUGGAACCGGGACCCGAAUAUCCAGCAUCGAAAGGUGCAAUUUGGCCAAGACCGCAAAUGCAAUCGAUAGAAAUUCCUUACUACAAAUUUGAUAGUGAUGUACUUGAAAUUAAGGUAAUCGAACAUGAUUGUCCUAUUCUGUCGAAUGCCGUCCAACGGAGUCUGGCGGUAUUGAGAGAUAUGCUCCGAAUCGCGAGUCCGUAUGUAAACCGCAAUGCGCCACAACAGGUCUUAGAUGAUGAUACAUACGACGGACCACUGAAGAGUCUAAGCAUUUACUUGACAUCACCCUGUGAAGAAUAUCCGCAUUUCGGCAUGAUCGAGAGCUACAAUCUGACGAUCGCCGCUGACAGCACACUCAGAAGUUCAUCGAUAUGGGGAAUACUGAGAGGCUUGGAAAGUUGGACGCACCUGUUUCAUCUCUCAGAUAAUCGUGAUCAAUUGCACAUUAACAAAGGUGAAGUUCACGACUUUCCCCGUUACCCUCACAGAGGACUGCUCGUUGACACAUCACGUCAUUACAUCUCAAUGUCUAAUAUCCUACUCAUUUUGGACGCUAUGGCCAUGAACAAGAUGAACGUAUUUCACUGGCACAUUGUUGACGACCAGAGUUUCCCAUAUCAGAGCGAAAGGUUUCCCGAUUUGAGUCGUCUGGGAGCCUAUCACGAGACCUUGAUUUACACCAAGAAAGACAUUCAGACGGUUAUCGACUACGCAAGGAACAGGGGGAUCAGAGUUAUUCCUGAAUUCGAUGUACCCGGUCACACAAGGUCCUGGGGUGUAGCCAAACCCGAACUCCUGACACAUUGCUACAACGAAUACGCUGUCGACAUGGGUCUCGGUCCGAUGAACCCAAUCAAGGACAGCACAUACACCUUCCUGCGGGAACUGUUUCAUGAGGUCCAGGCCUUGUUUCCGGAUAGAUACAUUCACAUCGGAGGUGAUGAAGUCGAUCUAGAUUGCUGGGAGUCGAAUCCAGAAUUCCAGAGAUACAUACAAGAGCACAACCUGACUUCGGUAGCUGAUUUUCACGCUCUAUUCAUGCGCAACACGAUUCCUCUGCUCAGCGAAAACUCGAGACCGAUUGUGUGGCAGGAAGUUUUCGAUGAAGGCGUGCCCCUUCCGAAGGACACUAUCGUGCAAGUGUGGAAGGGAAACGAAGUUUACGAAAUGUUGAAUAUCCUAAGAGCAAGUCACCAGUUAAUCUAUUCCUCUGGCUGGUACCUUGACCAUCUGAAAACUGGAGGCGAUUGGACGGAAUUUUUCAACAAGGACCCUCGGGAUAUGGUCAGCGGCCUCAGCAAAGACAUCAAUGUUGACAACAUUGUAGGUGGCGAAGCUUGCAUGUGGACAGAAGUUGUUAACGACAUGAACAUUAUGAGCAGAGUAUGGCCACGAGCUAGUGCUGUAGCUGAAAGACUGUGGGGCCACGAAUCACAGGCAGCAUAUCAAGUAUACUCUCGCUUAGAGGAGCACACAUGCAGAAUGAACGCGCGCGGCAUACGCGCCCAGCCACCCAGUGGCCCUGGCUUCUGCCUAGGCGCUUAGUGAAUUAAUUAUAAGAAAGAAAAAACAUUUCUUCAUUAUUCAAUAAGAGAUGUAACUAUAAUAUUAGCACAGGUUUAAUUCAGAAUUUUUUCAACAUACCUAGUACAGAUACAGAUACUAGUUAUUCCAAAAAUAGGUGAUAUUGUUAAGUAGUACAUUUUUUUAAUUAAGUACAUGCUAUGAAUUAUUUACUAUGAUUGGGCACGUCCUAAAUUACAAAGAUAUUACUGGGCAUGUAAAUUACUGUUUUACUGAAUAUUUCCACCAUUCCUAAAUCCGAAGUGGUAAAAAAAUAUUUAAAAGCAUCAUCAAGCAAACUAGAGAGAAUACAUGUUUAAAUGAGUGAUCUCUGGGUAUAUAAUCUUCUAAUAUAAAUAUAAGAUUCUACUGUACGUGUGUAUGUCACUGAACUGCUAAACAGCUGGACCGAUUUGAUUGAUUUUUUUUGUAUGCGUUUAGGUGACGCCCUGGAUGAUUUAGAUUGACAAAUCAGCCUGACAGAUGGCGCUGCAGUCGGUAUCUAGGCUAUUUAACUAGCAAGUAACUAAACGGCUGGAUCGACUUGAAUGACUUUUUGUGUAUGCAUUCACAGGACAACAUCUGUCAAGUCCGCUGGUAUAUAUAUAAACUUAAC